AAUAUUCUUCAAAUAGGCGCUUCAGAUUUUCUCAGAGCGUCAAUCAAAACCUUUUCUACCUUUUUUCGAGGAAUGAUAGUGGGGGAGUUGCACAGCGGCAUCUAUGGUAUGCGAGAAACUCCUACAUCUCUUGGCGUAACCCCGUCAUACUGUAUAAGACCUUCCCUGAAAAGAUGUCAUACCAUGAAGUGCCACCCUAAUGUAUACGUUCAUAAUAUAUUGGCAUAUCGCAACCAUUUGAUUUUACUUUUUUGUCAAGCCUAGAAUACUUGCUGUGACAAGUUAACGUGUCUAUCGUGUCUUCAUGUUAUGUGCCUGAGCAGAAGAUAAGCUCGAUGCUGUAAAUAUGUAACCUAACCUACUAAGGUGUAUACUCGUAUUAGUUGUUCCCCUGCGAAUAUAAUUUUCAUAAUUUGUAACCAAGUGAAAUGAAAACUUAAUGGAUUUACAAUAAAUUAUACCGAUUGAACUCAAUAAAAAGCUGAAAGAAAGUGAACAAGUCGGCGAAACGCCGGUGCCCGAAGCAUCUGGCGCCAGAUGUACUUUGCAUAUAUUCUCUUUAUAACUAUAAGUAUAAGUAUAUAUAUAAGUGUGUACAUUAUCACUUUAGGCGAGAAUUGCAUUUGCCUCUUUUUCCUGUGGAUAUUGCGAGCUAUAAAAGCCGCGCGUUAACCUCCACUGCUCAACAGUCACUCCAACUGCUUCGCUUAGCGCAUCUCGUCCAACAACAACAACUAAAUAUGAAAUUUUGCUUAGCUUUACUGUCGCUGCUCAUCGCUGUGGUCCUCGCCGUCGCAGAUCAUCAUGCCGAUCACUCCGAUUAUGUGGUCAAAACCAAUGCGGAUUUGGUACGCUACCGCGAUGAAUGUGUCUCACAGUUGAGUAUACCGUCCGAUCUGGUGGACAAGUACAAGCAGUGGAGCUUCCCGGAUGAUGAGAAAACUCACUGUUAUUUGAAGUGCGUUAUGGAGAAGUUCGAUGUGUUCGAUGCUGAAAAGGGCUUCGAUGUGCACAAGAUACACCACCAAUUGGAGGGCUCUAAUGCCGAUCACUCAGAUGCAACACAUGGUGCUAUUGAGAAUUGCGCAAAAGAAGCCGCUGCUGCUGGCGAUGACGCAUGCGUUCGGGCAUAUCGUGGCUUUACGUGUUUCCUCAAGGACAACAUAAAGCUGGUACAAGCUGGCGUCGAAAAAAGCAGCAAGUAGUGUUUGUAAAUAAGAAAAUAUUGGUGAUGGUGCAAAAUAUAUGUCUCUACUCCAAAAUGAUUUGUUUUACUCAUAUAGUGAUAUAAUAUAUAAUUUAUUAUAAGGUGAAAUUAAA